AUGUGCUGCCUCUUCCGCCUGCCGCAGCUCUUCUCCUGUGCGGCCUUCUCGCUUGUGGCUGACAUGGGCAUUCGGAGAGGGGCCAUAGGUAACUGGUCCAUGUCCUUCUGGUGUGUCUGCUCCGUUGUAACCCUCGUCAUCUCCAUAGUCGACUUAUGUGAGCUCUGGUCCUGCUUUCCUUACUUCUGGCGCAACUUCACCAUCACCUAUGCCUGCUACGCCACUCUCAUCUGCCUCUCGGCCUCCAUCAUCUACUCCAUCACCUACGUCCAGUUCCUGCCUGAUGGUCCGUACCGGAACCGGGCAAGUGCUGCCGAUGCUUUCUCCUGCAUUGCGUCUGUGUUUUAUGCCCUGGAUGCGGCCCUCAUGAGAAACUGGUAUGAUCGUGAUGAUGUCACCUGCUAUGUGCACACCUUUGCAGGCCUGCUGAAGGUGCUGGAGACCUUCAUGGCUGGUUUCAUCUUCACCUUCACCAUCAACACCUCCGUGUACCUGCACCAGCUGGCCCUGGAGUGGUGUGUGGCCGUGUACUCCAUCUGCUUCACCCCAGCAGCCCUGGCCAUCUUGUUGAACCUGGGCGAAUGGCAACCCAGGCCACCCGGGCCCUUCCCCCUCUUCCAGCUUGUGCUCAGCCUGCUCUCCGUCCUCCUCUAUGUCAGUGCUCUGGUCCUCUGGGCACUCUACCAGUCCAAUGAGGAGUAUGGUGGACAGCUCCAGCGGUCAAGUGACAUGGGCUGCACCAAUGGGCUCACCUACACCCUGUGCUUCUGGGACCGGAAACUGACUGUGGCCAUCCUGACAGCCGUCAACCUGCUGGUUUACGUGGCCGACAUGGUGUGCUGGGCCAGCCAGGUUUCUGUAGGGACUGGGGGUCAGUCCAGUGCUCCCGAUCCCCUCCACUCACAGGGGGUGUCUUUACAGAGCUCUGGCAGCCCCUGAUGUCCUCUUCCUGG